UUUUGCAAUCCAGCUGGCAUGUCUCAGGCUGAGUUUGACAAAGCAGCUGAGGAAGUUAAGAACCUCAAGACCAAGCCAACAGAUGGAGAGAUGCUGUUCAUCUUUAGCCAGUACAAACAAGCAACUGUGGGUAAGGUAAAUACAGAACGGCCUGGAAUGAUGGACUUCAAAGGCAAAGCCAGGUGGGAUGGCUGGAAUGGGCUGAAAGGGACUUCCCAGGACAAUGCUCUGAAAGCUUACAUCACCAAAGUAGAAGAACAAAAGAAAAAAUAUGGAAUAUUAGGGAUUAGAUUGGGCUGCCAGUCACAAUGCCUUGCUUUUCUAUUACUGUGGGCGACGUGA